GAGAGGCACCGCGACCUGGACUGCUGCUUCUGCUUCCCCGCCCCCAGCACAUCCAUUCAUCCAGUCGGAUAAACACUCUCUCCUGCUGACACUGUUACAACAUGUGAAAGACAACCCGUGAACGUUUCGACGAGCAGUUGGCGCUGUAGGUCUUUGGGGGAAUUUAACGGGAUACUUUCGAUAAACUACAGAGGGAGCUCCCAAACUCACCGCGGAUAAGAUGAGCAGCGUCUGCCUCACUCUCCACGUGCUGCUGUUGUGCGGAUUGCUCCGGGCACAGCAGCUACUGCUGCCCGGCUCCUGCAACUUUGAGCUGGGCACCUGCGGCUACAUAUCAGACCCAGAGUACGGCAGCUGGAGCAUGAAUGAAGAAGGGCAUUUGAUAACAGUGGACUCAGCCUCUUUACGAGACCAGGAGCAGGCGGUUCUCAUCAGUCCAGUUCUGGACCAGCAGGAAUGGAGCUGUGUGAGGCUUGUGUACCAGAUCACUGGACGGAGUUCCCUGCAGCUCCACCUCAGACCUGAUGGUGAUAACUUUGACUACCGCCUCUGGAAUGCCAACAAAGCCUCUGACAGCUGGCUCAUUGCUAGUGUGGACCUACCCAACACCACGAUCCCCUACCAGGUGUUGCUGGAGGGUCGACCUGAGCGUGGCUCUGGGAACAGCGUGGCCAUCUUUGAAAUCCACAUUGUUCCUGGCUACUGUAUAGAGUGUAAUUUUGAGGAGCACCACCUGUGUGGCUAUAGUAACAGCUGGAACCCAAAUGUCAACUGGUACGUUGGGGGGAGUGUGGCAAGAGAGUCUAACCACACCAACAGUAACCAGAGAGGUCACUACAUGUAUGUGGACUCUGUGUACGCCAAGCACUUCCAGGAAGUAGCCAAGCUGACCUCGCCCCUAACCACAGUGUCUAUUGCUGGCUGCCUGUCCUUCUACUACCACAGAGACCAGGAGAGGGGAAACAUCUUUACAGUUUUCACCAGAGACCAGCUGGGACACUAUGAGGAGAUCUGGAGGCCGGAGGUGUACACUACUGCUGGUUGGACUGCAGUCAGCGUUGACAUCAAGGCCCCACACCCCCUUGAGGUGGUGUUUGAGGUGGCUUUUAACAGUGCUAGAGGAGGAUAUGUGGCCAUAGAUGACAUCUCCUUUUCUCCUGAGUUCUGCCACAUUGACACAGAGCCGACCUUUGACCCCUCUAUAGCCAACUGUGACUUUGAAGAUGGACUGUGUCUGUACUAUCAGGAGAGAAUAGAGAGUAAGGUGUGGAGCAGAGUUUCAGUCAAGCCUAAUGCCUACAGAAUAGGAGACCAUACCACAGGAGCGGGCUGCUUCCUCCUGGCAAACACUCGUUUUACUUCAAAGCCCGGCUACAUGGGUCGCCUUCAUGGUCCCUUUUUACCAGGGAACCACAAAUACUGUCUGAGGUUCUACUACCUGCUUCAUGGAUUUAGGAAAGUGGACAAUGCUCUGGUUAUUUACAUUUAUGACGAAAACAAUGUGGCUCAAGAGAAGGUGUGGAGCCUGACUGACACCUCCAGGGCUGUAUGGACUGAGGUGGAGAUCACCUACAUGAAGCCUAUGCUGUCCAAGGUAGUGUUUGUCAGCAUAUGUAAGAACUUCUGGGAGUGUGGCCUGGUAGCCAUCGAUGACAUCACUGUAAGUCUUGGAGACUGUCAAAUGACAGCAGGCUCCCUCCCAGGCCAGUGUAAUUUUGAAGAUGGAGUCUGUGGCUACUUCCAGGAUAAGAAAGGAGACAAAGCCGACUGGCUGCGAGUCCGGGGACACACCCCCACCUCCUAUACAGGACCCAGAGGAGACCACACUACUGGGGUGGGUUACUUCAUGUACAUCGAGGCAUCGCUCAUGCGUCCGGGUCACAAAGCUCGACUGCUGACCUCUGAUCUGCGGGGCUCCUCGUCCCCUCAGUGUUUAAUCUUCUACUAUCACAUGUACGGAUCUGGCACCGGCAUACUGAGCGUGCUUCUGCGCCACAGCAGCAGAGAGAGGGACACACUGCUGUGGAGACGCCGCGGUGAGCAGAGCGUCAGCUGGAUGAGGGCUAUGGUGGACUACCAUUGUGAUGUCCGACACCAGAUUAUUUUUGAAGCCAUCCGAGGCCCAUCACUACGAAGUGAUAUUGCUAUUGAUGACAUCCAUUUUAAAAGGGGACCGUGUGAAGAUCCUGGUGACAUCACUCCAUACUCAGGCUUCUCAGAGUAUUUCAAUGAGAUUGAGAACUGAGACUGGCAGGACGUCUGUCAGUAUAAAUGUUUGGUAGUUUUUCAGAGAUGGGCUGGGUGGUUUUCAGAAGUGUGAAUGUGAACAAUGCACCAAGACAAUUUACAGAGUUAUAGAGUAAUGCUUAUGUUGCAGCCAUGACCUCCACCACACAUACUGCUGACUCUCUUCAUGUACUAGUCCAGUCAUUCUGAUGUUUGUGCUAUUAUUCAGUGUUUCUCUGACCACAGUUCAAGAUCAUGGAAUUGGGUUACACACUGGGGAGUGGUUGUGAUUCCUCCUUGUGACAACAUUAUCCAAUUACACCUCACAAUAGUCCCACCUUGUUCUCAUGACACUACAAUCCAGUGUUAUGCACAAAAAGCCAUACAGAUAUUUGUCAGUAAUGCUAGAAGUCAAUAGCUAUUUAAGUUACAAAGCACAACUGCUCUGCCAUUUUCACUCAGAGCUCGAUAGAGAUAACCAACACAUAACUGAGUGUUUGCCCAGUUGCUUUCAGUUGAAACUAAUGAGCUAGAAGCUCGCUCUAAAGCCAAACCUGAAACAUAAUUUCCUUUGGUCCUUUAAUUGUGGUGACUUACUAAAUUAUCACAAAAAAAGAGUGGCAAACAGAAGUUUAUGAUACUUACAUUUCUGGUUCAGCAAGAUAAUCCUCACAAAUAAACACCUCAUUUGUGAUUCUGAAGCCUAAAUGCCAUCUCCAAAAGUACAAAGCCAACAUUCGGCUAUAAAUGAACUAUGGUCGCAUGACUUUAAUGCCGCUGCAACAACGAGGCUGUGAAGCCACUGAUGUUCUAUAGUCUCAAAUAGCCUCUUCUUAGCAAUCGCCUUUUUUAGGACACAAAAGGACUUAUUCCAAGAGCACUCUAGGUUACAGAGAAAGAAUAUCAUACCAUAAAACUUUGAUUAAAAGCCUAGUCCCAAUUAAACAUCCAGUCCCUUUCACAAUUUACACGUUUUUACAAAUAACACAUUUUGACAAAUAACACCUGUCUCAAUUAGAGGCCUGGUCUGUUUGCCAAGCAGUUCAUUUUUGUAGAAGUUCUUCAGUUGUAUACAAGCAAGUUGUUGGCUACCUUAAUUUAUGUGUCUAUUCCUAGAUAAAAUAAACACCUCAUUUGUGAUUCUGAAGCCUAAAUGCCAUCUCCAAAAGUACAAAGCCAACAUUCAGCUAUAAAUGAACUAUGGUCGCAUGACUUUAAUGCCGCUGCAACAACGAGGCUGUGAAGCCACUGAUGUUCUAUAGUCUCAAAUAGCCUCUUCUUAGCAAUCGCCUUUUUUAGGACACAAAAGCUUCAUAAUUCACAAGUGGAGUAUUUACUGAUGUGUUUUAUCUCGUAGAACAAUAUGUGAAAAUCUCUUAAGCUUGUGUUAAACCUUAUUUCAGGCAUCAAACCAAAUCCAACUCAUUCAACAACAACAACAAAAAAAAAAACACAUCGACUUCCAGAUGAGGGAAGUGGGAGUGCUAAAAUGUUUAUUCAUUUCUGAGUUUUAGGACUUAUUCCAAGAGCACUCUAGGUUACAGAGAAAGAAUAUCAUACCAUAAAACUUUGAUUAAAAGCCUAGUCCCAAUUAAACAUCCAGUCCCUUUCACAAUUUACACGUUUUUACAAAUAACACAUUUUGACAAAUAACACCUGUCUCAAUUAGAGGCCUGGUCUGUUUGCCAAGCAGUUCAUUUUUAUAGAAGUUCUUCAGUUGUAUACAAGCAAGUUGUUGGCUACCUUAAUUUAUGUGUCUAUUCCUAGAUUACCCUGUAAGUUGGUCAUAUUCCUUUAGUCUAUAAGAAUCCUCUGAUCAAAAGAGUCCAAAGGGUUUUUCAAAAAAGCCUUAUUGGGCUUUAAGACUGUAUGGAAGAGAAGAACAUGUUGGUGCAUGGCACUGGGCCUUGACUGCUGCCAUGUGGAAACAAAGCACACAUCCAAAUAACAACACCACCAAAACAUCAGGAUUAAGCAAUACUCCUUUUAUUUGGGCUUCCACUGUUGCACUAUUGUUUGUUUGUUUGUUCACUCUGUUCUGUAUAUAUUUGUUUAUAGUGUCAGAUUUUUGAAUUUACAAAUGGAUUGAGAUUCAAGAGAUGGAAAUGUCCAGAAAUCUUCUGUUAGGAACACUUAGCUGCUUUGCUGUGGACAAGUGUAAAGUCUAAAAGUCAGUACCAUGCAACUGUGCUAAUAUUUCUCAUAUCUCAUCUCAGAAUAUAAACAAAGUUGUGCAGGUAAUUUUUUUCAUUGGAUUUCAUACAGUAUUGUUAAAUAUUAGCUCCACUGUGACAAUGGAUUUGAAUCCAGCUUCAGUCUGAAGUCACAAUCUAGGUGCUUACAGAUAUCUGACACUUUUUUUUAAAGGUAAAUCCUGUUUCAUGUGUACAUCAGUAUCUUUUUGAAGGCAUGGAUUCAGUGAGGUGCUGGAAACCUUCCCUAGAGGUUUGAUCCAUGCUGACUCAUUAGCAUCAUAGAGUUCCUGCAGACUUUUCAGCCAUACAUGCUACAGAUCUCUGCAGACUUCUGAGUGUUCUGCUGUGGAUAUACAUGUUCCUCUGUACACCACUGCGGAGCUGCUCUUGUACCUUGAUCCUUCUGUUAACCAGACUGAAUGAGGGGAGGUGGGCAGUGAGUCAGAGGUCUGGAACCAGACUAUUUCCUGUUAGCUUCCAUGCUGACCUGUACACUCAUGGUUUCUUGUUUACUCACCAUUCUGUCAGCUCCAGACACUAUAGUGCAUGAGUUUAUGGUUAUCUCCUUGACCAUGUUAGUGUGGAUAUUUUUAAUGACAUUUUUGACAAAUUAUCAAAAAAAAGAGAGAGAAAAAAAAGGCUGCAACACAAUAUGGUGUCCCACAAAUAAUGUACAUUCAAUGUAUUAAUUUAACCCUGAACUUUGACUGCUAGAACUGGUGACUAUCAGUUUUUAUAAAUUUGUCU